CUUCGGAUCAGGCUCACUACACAACAAAAAAAAAACUCAAGGCAGAGAGGCGUACGAUUUGGCGAGUUCAAAAACAACACACGAAACACAGAGAACAGCUUAAAACAAGCAAAGGGGACUUAUUUCAG